UAUAUAUAUAUAUAUAUAUAUAUACUGUUAAAAUUAGUUAUAUAUGCGCAGUAAUCCAAAGUCAUUAAAAAAAAAAAAAAACACGUUUAUAUUAUUGCAAUGUAACCAGCGGGGAGAAUUGCAAUUUCAGUGGAGUUUUAUUUAAACGCAUGUUGUUGAUGUGCAGUUGGUAUUUCCUGGUUUAUUGUAGCAAAAACGAGUCAGGCAUCUGGCUCUAUUCUAGUAGAAUUGAUUCUUUGUUUACUAAUAAUCAGCUUUCUAAAUUGUCAGUUUAAAAAAAAUAAAUAAAUAGGGAACAGCGUGAGUUAGCUGACGCGCACAACAACACAUAAAUUGGUGGUUGCUUUUUACUUUUCUCUGCGUCUAUCGCCAGCUUGACAAAAGCAGCGUUUUCUGGGGGAGUUCAGAAUUUGUACACAACUUGAGGCAGCUUCAUCAGGAGUUGAUCCGACACCCCUGUUUAUUGCACCGGGAUUAUAACCGGCCGCCUACACGCAAUGGAGAACCCGACGUUGUAACGGCAGGGCCCAGUAGCCUCGUACCGGCGGAGGAGAUCAGGUGUCGCGGGGCAUCCCCGUCGACUUACCGAAGGGAAGGAUGGGCUCCCAAGUGUUACAGAUAUUGAGGCAAGGGGUGUGGGCCUCCCUCACCGGGGGGUGGUUCGUUGACCCCCAUCAAAGCACCUUCUCCAACUGCUUUCACCUCUACGUGUGGAUAUUUCUGCUGGCGUUUCCCUUUCUGCUGUACAUGGCUCUGCCCUCCAGUAUCCUGGUCGCUGGGGUGUACUGUCUGGUGGUAGCUGCCUUCUUCACAGCGGUCAAGGUGGUGAAUUUCCGGCUCCACGCCAUGUUUGACCAGGGGGAGAUCGUGGAGAAGAGGCAGGACGCGUCGACGAGAGGCGAGGACGGAGAGGGAGGAGCGCUGCACGACCGGAGCCAAACCAGGGAUGCGGGGGGAGGGGUGGAGAUGAUAGUGUUUCGGAAAGUCAGCUCCACACCACCAGUACGCUGCAGCUCCCAGCAUUCCCUCUUCGGGUUAAACCAAGUCUCGGAGUUUCUGCCACGUCUGGAUGACGCAAGAGGCUCAAAAGAUAUCCGGGAGUUGAUGAGGGAGCGGGGCAGUAACAACGGGAUCGUCACAGCGGCAGACCGCGAGAUCCUGAAACGCAGCACUCUGGACUUCAUUGGUGGUGCCGGUGCGGUCCAUUCGGAUCAGUUGACCUGCGUGUCUGCAGCUCUGGCUGGAGGGGAGCUCCCGGGGUUCGUGGGGGCGACGGGGGGGUUCCCAGCCUCCCCUCCCUCCCCUUCCAGCCGGGGUGACGAUGAGGAAGAAUUAUCAUCAUCCUCCCCUUCGGAUCCGUCCCAAAGCCUGGCCGCUGGGGAGCUGACCUUGACCCCGGGCAAAGAGGUGGGGGGCUACUCCCCUCUGGGACCCUGCGGGGAGUCGGAGAGCCUGGGGGACACCCCCCUGAGCCCCCUGAUCAAGAGCAGCCUGAGCGAGGAGAUGAGCGAGAAGCUGCUGGGGCUGGGGCUUGGCGAGGGGGGGAGCUCGAGGGCCCACCUCUCCUCCAGCCUCACAGCCCAGGGCCCGUCCGCGGUGAAGAAGGCGGCGCCCAAAGCCGGCUCCACCGACAGCUGCUUCAGCGGGGGCACCGACAGAGAGACCCUGAGCACCGUCAGCAGCUUCCGGAGCGAGAAAACGGACUCCACCCAGCUGGAGAGCCCUUCCCUGGGGGGAAACCUCCAUCACGCAGCCCCUUCCGAGACCACAGAGCAGCAGAGGGACCCGCCUGCGGCAGUUGGUUUAGGGGGCAGCGACACGGACGACCUUUCUGACAGCGAGCUUCUCAGAUCCCCUGCCAGGGAGUUCUCCUUGGGACUGGACAACGCUGUGGUGGAGCAGAGCGAGGUGGGCGCGACACUAGAUCCUUCCUCGCCCUCCGGCAGCGGGCACUCGGGGGAGUUCGGGCACAAGCCCAGGGUGCGGCAGACCAACUCGGUCCCAGCUGUUCUCGGGCAAGGGUCUUCCGAACCCGCCCUGCCCGCCCCGUCCCCGUUCCUCCUGCCGGAGAGGAGUGAGAGUGAGAGGGAGGAGCAGCAGGUGGUCCGGCCCAAAGACCUCAAGCUGCUGCGGGGCGGGACUGUGACCGGUCUGGGGCACAAGCCAGGUCGGAGGAAGGUGCCGCGCAAACGGGGCGGGGUGGGCAGCAGCAGCUUCGACUGCGGCUCCUACCGUCGCAACCACAACCACAACCACCACAGAGACUACAUCCCGGUGCGCAGCCUCCUGGGGGCCAAGGCCUACAGCGAGAGCUUGUUUGAAGACUCCAGCGAUGACGAUGAGGACGGCAGUGAAGGCAGCGACAUCAGCCGGGGCUCCAGCCUGGGCUCCCAGCGGCGCUACAGCUCCGACGACGAUGAUUCCAGCUCUUCCACUUCCUGUUACUCCCCUGACUCCGCCUCUGCCACCCAGGCCCCGCCCCCUCCUCAGCAUCCGCUCCUCCCCAACCCUGCCCACCACCACCACCACCACCAUAGCAAAGAGUCUGAUUCCACGCAUCAAAGAGGCGCCCGGCGGUCGGCCAGCACGGCCAGCGCAAAGACUCACGCUCGCGUCCUGAGCAUGGACAGAGGCGGGGAACCGGCCGCCCGUCCCCUGACGGUCUCCAAAUCGGACCUGGAGGCCCGCGCCAGUGAGAACUCGGACCCCUUCGCCGCUCGGCAUCGGCUGGAGUCCCUGGGCGGCGUCUGGGCCGGGAAUCAGACAGGCUGGAGAGCUGGGGAGCUGCCAGAGGAGGGCGCUGUCGGGGGAGCUGCUGCCCCAGAAGAGGGGGGCGUCAAGCGAGACUCGGGGAGCAGCGUGAAGAGGAAGCAGGUGAUCCGAAGAAGACACAACGCAGGCAGCAACCCCACCCCCCCGCCCUCCACCAUGGGCUCCCCCCCCAGUCUGCAGGAUAUUCAGCGCGCUCGGACCUCCAGCCACUCUCGGGUGCUCACUCUCCCCUCGGCCCUGCAGUUCGCCUCCUCCCUGCUGCUCCCCCGCGGCGGGGUGCACGAGGCCUCCACCUUCGACGACACGACGGAGGGAGCGGUGCACUACUUCUACGACGAGGGCGGUGUCCGUCGAUCCUACACCUUCGGUCCAGCAGGAGGAGGUUAUGAAGACCCAGUCCAGGAGCGUCAGUCCCAAUCCUCCAGCUUCACUUCCAACGAUGUCCAGGAGGGGGCAGGGCAGGUGCUGUCCGUGCUGCAGCCCAGACCCGUGGUGCUACAGGGCAUGCAGGUGCGCAGAGUCCCGCUGGAGAUACCCGAGCCCUCGCUGCUUCAGUUCGACCUGGAUCACGAGUCCCUGCACGAGUCCCAGGAGAACACGCUGAUGAUCGAGGAGGAGAAGAGCAAGCUCAAGCAGUACUACCGCUUCUGGGUGCUGCCGGGGAAGUGGCUCCGAGUGUGCUACGACCGUCUCGCCCUGCUAGCCCUGCUGGACAGGAACCGCAGCGUGGUGGAGAGCGUGUUGGCGGUGGCGCUGGCCAGCCUGGUCUCGUUCCUGGGGUACCUGCUUCUCCUCGAGGGCUUCUUCAGGGAUAUCUGGGUCUUCCAGUUCUGUCUGGUAAUCGCCAGCUGCCAGUACUCCCUGCUCAAGAGUGUACAACCAGACGCUGCCUCUCCUAUGCAUGGUCACAACUGGAUCAUCGCGUACAGCCGGCCGGUGUAUUUCUGCCUGUGCUGUGUGUUGAUCUGGCUCUUCAACAUGGGGGGUAACUCCCAGAGCCAGCUCUCCAUCACCCUGUACGGGGUCACCUUCUUCUCCGCGGGAUUCCUGCUCUGCGCGCGGGACCUGCUGAUCGUUUUCACGCUCUGUUUUCCUGCCAUCUUCCUCUUCGGCCUCCUCCCUCAAGUGAACACCUUUCUCAUGUGCCUGCUGGAGCAGGUGGACAUGCAUCUCUUUGGGGGCUCAGCCACGACGAGCCCCCUCUCUGCUCUGUACAGUGUCCUGCGCAGUAUCCUAGUGGCAGCCCUGCUGUACGGAUUCUGCCUCGGAGCCAUCAAGGCUCCCUGGGAUGACCUCCACGUGCCUGUGCUGUUCUCUGUGUUCUGUGGGCUGCUCCUCGCUCUCUCCUACCACCUCAGCCGCCAAAGCAGCGACCCCACCGUGCUGUGGUCCCUGAUCCGAUCCAAGUUCUUUCCGGAGCUGGAAAUCCGGAGCCCGGAGGAUCCGACGGUGGAGAUCAAGGAUCCUCUUCCGGAAAAACUCCUCAACUCUGUGAGAGAGAUUCUCCACUCUGAUCUGGUCAUGUGCACUGUGAUCGCUGUCAUCACCUUCGCUAUCAGUGCCAGCACUGUCUUCAUCGCACUGCAGCCCUGGCUCAGCUUGGUCCUGUACUCCCUGGCUGGGGUGCUGGGAUUCGUGACCCACUACCUGCUUCCUCAGCUUCGCAAGCAGCUGCCCUGGUUCUGUUUCGCUCACCCUGUGCUGCGCUCACACGAGUACAGCCAGUUCGAGGUUCGAGACGCUGCCCAGCUCAUGUGGUAUGAGAAGGGCUACGCCUGGCUGCAGUGCAUCGAGAAGUACCUCAUCUACCCGGCUGUCAUCCUCAACUCUCUGACCACAGAGGCACGGGCUGUGAGCAGCCAGCCGGAGAAACUGGGAGUCUAUAGCCGCUCUCUGUUGAUCUCGAUGGCUGGGAUGAAGCUGCUUCGCUCCUCUUUCUGCUCUCCCUCCCAGCAGUACGUCACUCUGUGCUUCACCGUGCUGUUCUUCCGCUGCGAUUACCAGCGCUUCUCCGAGACCUUCCUGCUCGAUUACUACUUCAUGUCCAUACUGUUCAGCAAGCUGUGGGACCUGCUGUAUAAACUGCGUUUCGUGCUCACCUACAUCGCACCCUGGCAGAUCACCUGGGGCUCCGCCUUCCACGCCUUCGCCCAGCCUUUCGCUGUGCCCCACUCGGCCAUGCUCUUCGUCCAGGCUGUGUUCUCCGCUCUCUUCUCCACUCCUCUCAACCCCCUGCUGGGCAGCGCUGUCUUCAUCACCUCCUACACACGGCCCGUCAAGUUCUGGGAACGGGACUACAACACUAAGCGAGUGGAUCACUCCAACACACGCCUGGCUACCCAGCUGGACAGGAACCCAGGUGCGGACGACAACAACCUGAACUCUAUUUUCUACGAGCACCUGACCCGCUCCCUGCAGCACAGCCUGUGCGGAGACCUGCUGCUGGGGCGCUGGGGGAACUACAGCACGGGGGACUGCUUCAUCCUGGCCUCGGACUACCUCAACGCACUGGUGCACAUCAUCGAGAUCGGGAACGGACUGGUCACCUUCCAGCUCAGGGGCCUGGAGUUCAGAGGUACAUACUGCCAGCAGCGGGAGGUGGAGGCGAUCACGGAGGGAGUGGAGGAGGACGAGGGUUGCUGCUGCUGUGAGCCGGGGCACCUCCCCCACAUGCUGUCCUUCAACGCAGCCUUCGGGCAGCGCUGGCUGGCCUGGGAGGUGGCUGCUACCAAGUACGUGCUGGAGGGCUACAGCAUCAGCGACAACAACGCAGCUUCCAUGCUGCAGGUGUUCGACCUGCGCAAGAUUCUCAUCACGUACUACGUCAAGAGUAUAAUCUACUACGUGACUCGCUCGCCCAAGCUGGAGGAGUGGCUGGCCAACGAGACAAUAGCGGAGGCGCUCCGCCCUUGCAGCGUCCCCGGCUAUGCCGACAGCGACCCGACCUUUAACCUCAACAUCGACGAGGACUACGACCAACGCCUGGCCGGCAUCACUCCCAACGCCUUCUGCAGCUUCUACCUGGACUGGAUCCAGUACUGCAACAGCCGACGGCAGGAGCCUGUGAAUGUCGAGCGAGACUCCCCCAUGGUCACCCUGUGUUUCGGACUCUGUGUUCUGGGACGGAGAGCUCUGGGGACGGCCUCACACAGCAUGUCAGCCAGUCUGGAGCCCUUCCUGUACGGGCUGCACGCUCUCUUUAAGGGGGAUUUCAGGAUCACGUCCCCCAGAGACGAGUGGGUCUUUGCGGACAUGGAUCUGUUGCACAGAGUGGUGGCUCCUGGAGUCCGGAUGUCCCUCAAACUCCACCAGGACCACUUCACCUCCCCGGAUGAGUUUGAGGACCCCGUGGUCCUGUACGAUGCCAUCACCUCCAACGAGGAGAAGAUGCUGAUCUCUCACGAGGGCGACCCCGUGUGGCGCAGCGCCAUCCUGACCAACACGCCCUCCCUGCUGGCGCUGCGGCACGUCAUGGACGAUGGCAGCGACGAGUACAAGAUCAUCAUGCUGAACAAGAGGUUCCUCAGCUUCAGGGUCAUCAAGGUGAAUCGGGAGUGCGUGCGUGGGCUGUGGGCGGGGCAGCAGCAGGAGCUGGUCUUCCUGAGGAACCGGAACCCGGAGCGGGGCAGCAUCCAGAACGCCAAGCAGGCGCUGCGCAACAUGAUCAACUCGUCCUGCGACCAGCCCAUCGGGUACCCCAUCUACGUGUCCCCCCUCACCACCUCCUACGCGGGGGCCCACGCCCAGCUGCGCUCCGUCUGGGGGGGUCCCAUCAGCCUUAAGAACAUCUCCGACUGGUUCAUCAGCAGCUGGAGCAGGUUACAGAAGGGUUGCGGGGCAGGUUGUAACAGCGGAGGGAACAUCGAGGACUCUGACUGCGGAGGGGGCUCCUCAUCAAUCACCAACAACCCCCCCAGCCACUCCACGCAGAGCAUGGGACCCCCCAGCACACACCCCCCGCCCGUCAGCACCACGCAGCCCCCCCCAGGCAAUGAAUCUAGCUUGCCUCUGGGCCAGGUCUGGACGAUCCGACCCCAGCCUUUACCGCUGUCCCUGCUCAGCCAAUCGGAAGGCAGACGAGAAGGCGGUAUCGGCCCCUCCCUCCAGGGUCUCCUGGGACCACGUCUGUCCAGCUCUCAGCUGUCCUUCAGCAGCACGUCCUCUCCCCUGCCGGUGGCUGAUCGCUUCUCUGCAGGCAGUGCUGCGGAUGCCCCCGGGCCGCCCCCUCCUCAGCGAGGACCCCACCGCUCGGGCCUUGGCUUGGGCCUGGGCCUGGGCCUGGGCUGCACCUCCAGCCUCGCGUACGACGGUCUGUACGGGAAGUGGAGCCUCCCUGGCAGGAAGGGCUUCGCUGGGCUGCCUGUGGGGGACAGGGACAGGGAGGGGGAUAAUUCGGGGACACAGUCCAGCAGCAUUGGCACUGGGGUCGGGACACCAGCAAGGGCCACUGGGACUCGGAACCAGAACGCUUCUCUCCCCAUUUCCUCCGAUCUCAGCCAGGUGCCUGAGCUAGGUGGGGCCCCUAUCACCUCUACACAGCCCAGCGAGGCCACUCCCCUGGCCCUGGGGGACCCCCUGACCCCACGGGAGACCCCCAAAGAGGACCCAGUAGAGCUCUCCUUACUGGAGCACCAACACUGAACUGCAGGGACACUGGAAACCACAGCUAAACUGGAACAAAAAAAAAAAACUAAGCCAGCCAUCCAGCCUCCAUGCAGAGAGUGGCACUACCAAGCAGGCUUGAGAGUCGAAUCAUAUUGCUGACCAGGAAAGCCUGUCCUCACUCUUCUGACUUUACUGGAAUACCACGUUGCAAGGCACGGGGAGAUCUGGGAGAGAGACUGGAUUAACGCAGCCGAACGUGGAGAUUCCCGUAGCUACAGGAGGUUUGGCGGUUGGCUAUAGCAGUACCAAAGCCUGGCUCUGGGAUUUUACCAGCAAGCCAACUGGUGGAGUACUGGGAGAGAGAAGUACUGUAAUCCUGUGUGUUUUAUUUAUUGCUGUCUACUUUGUGCUGUGCAAAGGGAAACGUGUGGUUGACCCAUUUGUCUUUUUGAUAAGGGUAACUAGCAGGCGAAGUCUGAUGCCCUCCUUCCUUCCUGUCCCAAAGCAAGAGAAAACUGAGCUGUUCUGGAGCAUACAAGGGAAGAGAGAGCUUGGUUUUAUCCAGAGCAGACCUAGAACUGGCGCCACAAUCGAUAUCGGUGAAGCAAGAGUUCUGUACAGAAAUGUCUGUCCUGAUCUUCGAGAUUGGAUUUAUAAUAGUUGCUGCACAGGAUGUGCUGCGUCACCAAAGGGUAGAAUUUUUUUUUGUUUUGUUUUUAGGACAAAAUAAAACGGGACUAGGCAAAAGUACGGACUGCAUGCCUCGCCACUCCCAAACGGAACGUCCCCUAGAUUUUCCCCCCGAUUACAGCCUCGCUCUCUUUCUAACACAGCUCUUCCUCCUUCAUCUCCAAGUUUAUUUGAACUGUUUGCUUUUUUUUUUU